AUGCAACUCUCGGUCAUGUUAUCCCGCAGAACAAUGCACGCGGCUGUUACCGCAACUAGCUCAGCUCAGAAAGCUGCUGUUAAGAACCUCAGUCAGCGUUUAAGUUCCGAUGUGGCUAUCGGUAGCACCGCAGCGAACGUGUCAACUGGUUGGAAAUCCAGCGGGAACAGUUUCUCGUCUUUUAAGGAAUACCGUCAAAUUGCCAAGACAUAUGGACCUCUCAGUGCUUCGGUAGCAGCAAAAAGGUCCCUUGUUGGCGGCGAUAGACGUCUAAAAUGA